AUUUUGAAACCACUGUAGCAUCCAUCCAUACAUACAUACCUGGUCCUGCUGCUGCUAUUCCUCCAUCGCCACCUCGCCCGUCUUCUGCCGCAGCAUCACCACCGCCAUCACCAUAGGUUUACAUUCACCCUCGUCCAUCGGUACGGUACCAGAUCCGGAUAUCGUGUCCGGUCGCACCUUCUUCACGGUUGUCGAUGUUGCUUGAGGCCCACUGCGCCGCCCUUCCACCUCCGAAUCAAUAACAAUUGCGGAAAGGCCGCCUUAUAUGGCCGCGUACGACAUCAAGAAGCACUUCAGCGGCCUCCGAGUACAAACCGCACGUCGCAGAGGCCAUAACCCCUUUGCGACUGGCUUCGAAGAUGAUAGCGACGACGACGACUUCCGGAAGAGCAGACCCAAGACCAAGGCACCGCCGGUGUCCAAGUCUGUCCCGGUAACUCCCUUCGUUCCUCCCACGAAAGCAUCGCCCUUUGCACGUGCACGCUCCCUGUCGAAAGCCGCCACCGCCGACGACGACGACGACGACAACUUCCUGCUGGAGGUGCAGGCCUCAAAGAAAGCAGACCGCCGUCCGUCACCGGCGCCCGCAGUGUUGUCAAUCGCUGCUCAGCGUGUGAUUGACGAAGCUGCACGUCCGCGACGCGGCUCUCUACCCGGAGUGUUGUCGGAUCAGAAAAAGGCUGCAGUACUCGCUGCUGGUCCACUGGCAUAUCUCGACGACAGCAGCGACGACGACGACUGGAACAGCGGUUCACGGCCCGGCAGACGUACCGCGCGCAACCGCAGUCCCUUGCCACGAGCAACAUCUGCCUCGAACCUCCGCUCCAGCACCCCUAGUGGAGCUCGACUUGCAGUCUCGCAGCUACCGCCCGACAAGGCAGCGACCGCAACAGCCAUUCCACUGCACACCGUUGCUUCCCCAUUCGCUGGCACUAAAUACCUGCAAGACAGCGACUCCGAUUCCGACGAAGAAGCUGUUGCAUCCCGAAAAGGCAGCGCCGAAGAUAUUGCUGCGAUCGCGCCUGACAACAAGAAGCAUCACGAGGUGCCGCGGGUGGACAAGGGCAAGCUGCAAAAUGGGGGCGGUGUAUCCUGGCGAGCCUUCUCAGCUGGCAGAGCAGAGCAGCGCAACGCCGAGCUCGACGCUCUCGCAUCGAGUCUCAGAAGGCGAGGAAGGAGCAUACAGUUCUGUCCCGUUGUCAGGACCGAUGAUGGACGACAGAUCUCCCUCGCACCCACACUCGAGCGCAAUGGACCAACACUUGGCGGCAAAAGAUUUGGGCAAAACAGAGCCAAGUCGCCCCCAAGACGUGCCGCGGACACAAAGCCCAUCCUCGAGGAAGACGAGUUGGCUGAUCGGGAGUUUGGAGGACCAGUCGGACGACUUGAGGAUGCAGGAUCGAAGACGGACCCCUUCAGUGGAGAACUUAUUCGACGGACGACGAGCAAUGGCGACUUCAAGCGACCCGACUUCGCAAGCCAAUGCCUCCCUGAUAUCCGCAUCGACGACAUCUCCAAGCUAUGACGUGGGCACACAGUCGCCGCUCACCUCGCCCAACAGCAGCAGUAGAAUGCUCUCCUCCAUCGACUCCAUGUCGAAAUUGACAGUCUCACCUCAGACCAUUCCCGAAGGCAAAACAAUAGAUCACGCCAUGCUGGACUCGCCGACCAUGUCGCCGUCUGCUAGUGACUACGACCCCUUGAGCCGGAACUCUAGCCUGCGUUCCAUUCGGUCACGCCGCAUACCAACAACAUCGAGGCGUCCAUCGCGGCGCUCUACUUCUGCCACCACCUCGCUGAGCCCAGCGCACGCGUUCCUCGCGAAUUGGGGCAAGGGUGAUGCUGAAGAGAUGCCACCAGAGCCGAAGCCCGAUGACGAAGGACAGGCCAUCGGACUCAACUGCGAAUAUAUCAUCGGUCGCCUGAUCAGUCGAGGUGGCUUUGGCGUCGUGAAGGAAGUGCACUCGUUAGACGAUCAUGGAAAUCGCAUAGUGAAGGCGGUCAAGGUUGUGUAUAAAGCAAUCAGCGGCGCGACCGAAGCGGAGAACGACAAAGCCCAGCAGGACAUAGAGCAUGAGGUGUCGAUCUGGCGCUAUUUGAACCACCGCCACGUCUUGCCACUGCAUGCGGUGUACGAGACGGAUUAUGCCACUUUCUGUAUCAUGGACCUCAACGUCGGUGGUACCUUGUAUGAUCUGGUAAGAAAGUCUCGGCUCAGUGCGAAGACCAGUAACGCGGGCCGCAAGGGUUUGUCGCCUCAUCUUGCUAAGAGCUAUGCAUACCAACUCGCGUGCGCCUUGCGUUAUUUACACGAAGAUAUUCGUGUCUGUCAUCGAGAUGUGAAACUGGAGAAUUGCCUCAUCGACAUGUCAGCACCGGAAUCCGAUGCCGAAGGUGGCAACCUGCGACUGUGCGACUUUGGACUGGCGGAUUUCCUGCACAGCGAGAGCAUCGACGAAGGAAGUGGAACGCCGCAGCGGAUUUCUUCGCAACGCUCCCUAUCGAACGAAAUGCCCUUGCCGUUAGCCUCGUCCAUCAUUGGCACACUGGAAUAUGCCUCGCCGAAGGGCUUGUCCGUGAAUCGAAAACUGUUCGAGACCGCUGGAGACGUAUGGGCUUUCGGCGUCAUCAUCUAUGCACUGUGCACCGGACAUCUCCCUUUUCGGCAUACUCUGCCCAGCAAGACUGUGGAGCUCAUUCUGAGGGCAGACUGGGAUGAGGACGCUCUGAGACAUGCUGCUGCCGGAGGAGCAGAAGUGAUUGAUCUUGUUAGAGGCUGUCUGGAGAAAGACAUUGAUCUGAGAUUCACCAUUAGCGAAGCAUUACGAAGUCCUUGGUUUGAUGAGUGCCGCGAGGGAGCCGAAGACGAGGCGACGUCGCCGUGGCGAUGAUUCGACCUGCUACCUGUGCGAUGCGAGCUGUCUGACAUGAUUCAGAUGACCUCUUGUGUUGCACAUAUUUUUUUGACGACACUUAUGACUAGCGAGAAAAGGGAAAACAUGAAAUGGAAGACGGCACAAUGCCGUUAUGGAGCUAUGGUGGUGUUGGAGCACGCUGCUAUCGACUACUGUUCGCAUUCUGCACUGCAUGGAUGGAAGCAUUGUACCGCAUUUGACAGCGACAGACAGUCGAGGCGUGGACAGACCACGUAUAUGAAAUAGGAUACCCCCCCAAAGCAGUGGUUGGAUCACUCUUCUCAAUUCUAAAC